UUUUCUUCUUCUGAGAAACUCCAUAACUCUCAUGGCUUAUGCGUAUCUAUUAACUUGUAGAAGUGUUUUUUAAUGGCGCUUCAAAUUCCUAAAUUGUUUUCUGUAUCUACUUACUCGUACUGUAACAUUUCAAGCUCCUCUCAGCUUGCUAUCAUGUUGCAGUGCAGGACGUUGCAGAGCUUCCCUGGCGCUUGCUCACUAUAUUCAGAGUUUGGUGGUAGCUGUAAAUAUCGAAAAUAUACUCAGCUUAAAUCGAGGACGCCAGUGGAAAGAUGUAAGGUCCCUAAGGGUCAAUUUAAAGACCUAAUUCUCCAACGAGAUUGUGUUAUUAGGCCACUUAGUGAAGGAUAUAUGCAGGGGUUUGGUGUAACUAACCGGACUCCAUUAGGAGUUGGCUUUCCUUGUACCAUGAAACAUAUCACUAGUAGAUAUUCAGAUAGAAAUUUUGUUAAUUGUGCAAGUAGGAAAUUUACAACAUGUAAAGCCUUACGAAAAUCAGAGGCGGGAACAGAAUUGAUGACUAUAAAUGACAAGAAGAAAAAGACAUCUGUGGUUUCUGACGGCAGUUUGGAAGGAGCAUCGCAGGUUGAUGCUCCUAGUCAGCUUGCUAAAAAGAGUCCUAGCAAGACUGCAAAAUCAGCAAAGGAUGCAAAAAGUGAAUCUGCGAAAAAGAGCGCUGUGAAUGCCAGAAAGGUAGUAAAGAAAGUCUCCGUGUCAAAGUCCAAGGACAAGGUUCCUAAAAUUCAGAUGGAUAAAGUUUCAAAACUAGCUUCUCGAGCAAAGAAAGUGAAUGGUUUAGAUCCUGCAAUAUCUUCUGUGACUUCUGGAAAAAGUCUUCUGGUGGGUGAGGAACCUUUGCUAGUAGUCAGUGAUUCUUCGGUAACAGAUCAUCAGAAGAAGACGUCUGGGAAAUCUACCAAUAAGAGGAAGCCCAAGGAGACGAAAGUUCCGACGAAGUCAAAUAAAGUUCCAACAAAACAAAGUUGUAAUCCAGUUCUUGUUGAGGUAAACCAAAACUGUGCAGGAACAACAAUUGGGCCUUUAUAUCCCCCAGCCGGGAAAUCUGUUGUGGUAGUGGAGUCUUUCACCAAGGCCAAAAAUAUUCAACGCUACCUUGGAGAUAUGUACAAAGUCCUGCCUAGCUUUGGCCAUGUGAGAGACUUGGCUGGCAGGUCGGGGUCGGUACGGCCUGAUGAUGAUUUCAGUGUGGUUUGGGAGGUUCCUUCUGAUGCCUUGCCUCACCUUAAGAACAUUAAAGAUGCACUAAAGGGAGCAGAUAAUCUUAUCCUUGCAUCUGAUCCUGAUCGGGAGGGAGAGGCAAUUGCUUGGCACAUCAUCGAGAUGUUGCAGCAGCAGAAAGCAAUACAUAACAAAAUGACUGUAGCAAGGGUAGUGUUUCAUGAGAUAACCGAGGAGUCUAUCAAAAGUGCAAUGAAGGCUCCAAGAGAUAUCGAUACACACUUGAUUCAUGCUUAUCUUGCACGUCGUGUACUGGACUACUUGAUUGGGUUUAGCAUUUCACCUCUUUUAUGGAGGAAGCUACCUGGCUGCCAGUCAGCUGGGCGAGUCCAGUCUGCAGCUUUGGCUAUCAUAUGUGACAGAGAAAAGGAAAUUGAUGAAUUUAAAUCACAGGAGUAUUGGACUGUUGAAGUUCAAUUUAAGAAAAUGGAGCUAGGAAAGGCCUUUUGCUUUCCAUCCCACUUGACCCAUCUUGAAUCCAAAAAGCUAGAGCAGCUUUCAAUCAUCUCCCAAGCAGAAGCAGAGAAAAUCAAACAGAAGACGAGUACAACCAGGUUUAAAGUGGUAAACUUAAAAAGAAGCAAAACACGCAGAAAUCCUCCAGCGCCGUAUAUAACAUCAACUCUUCAGCAGGAUGCUGCAAAUAAAUUACAUUUUACUGCCCAGUAUACUAUGAAGUUGGCUCAGAAGCUGUAUGAGGGAAUUUCAAUAUCGAACGAUGAGUCAACUGGGUUGAUAACAUAUAUGAGAACAGAUGGUAUGCAUGUUUCUGACAAAGCUGCAGAGGAUAUAUGCUCUUUGGUCAAAGAAAGGUAUGGGAGGGAUUUUGCAUCAGAGAGCGGUCGUACAUAUUUUAAGAAGGUCAAAAACGCUCAAGAGGCACAUGAAGCCAUCAGGCCCACCAACAUAAGAAGGUUCCCAUCAAGCCUCUCUGGAGUACUUGACGAAGAUUCCUUGAAGCUGUACACUCUUGUAUGGUCUCGAACAAUGGCAUGCCAAAUGGAGCCGAUGAUAAUUGAUCAGGUACAAGUGGAUAUUGGGGAUGCUGGAAAUUCCUUGGUUUUUAGAUCAACAUCUUCAAAAGUUGAGUUUUCUGGGUACCAAGCAGUCUACAAGGAUCCAGAAGCUGCAGCCAUUGGCAAUAAAGAUAAGGAAGGGAGUGCUCAUGAGGAGAUUUUCAAUAUUCUUUUUGCCUUAAAGUCAGGAGACUUUUUAGAUCCCGGACAAGUGGAACUCAAGCAGCACCAUACUCAACCUCCUUCACGAUAUUCUGAAGGCUCCUUGGUUAAAAAGAUGGAAGACCUUGGCAUUGGAAGACCUUCUACAUAUGCUAGCACCAUAAAAACUUUACAGGAUAGGAAGUAUCUGACAGUGAAGAGUCGAAUACUAAAUCCAGAAUUUCGGGGUCGAAUGGUGUCAGCUUUUCUCUCCCACCAUUUCUCAGAGGUCACAGACUAUGGUUUUACUGCCGAUAUGGAGACUGAGCUUGACAAUGUUUCUGCUGGGAUUACUGAAUGGAAACGACUCCUGAAGAAUUACUGGGAAAGAUUCAGCUCAUAUUGUGAGCAAGCUGGUAAAGUUGACAUUCGGCAGGUAGAGAAAAAUUUGGAGGGAACAUUUGAAGAUUUCUUGUUUGCUUCUCUUCCUGACGGAAGCAGGACGUGCCCUAGUUGUCAGACAGGCACUUUGAGCUUCAAAGUCAGUAGAUACGGCGAGGGUUAUUUUAUAGGAUGCGACCAGCAUCCAAAAUGCAAGUACAUAGCGAAGACAAUGUACGGUGAAGAUGAAGAAGGGGUUACUCAGGGCUCAAACAUGUUGUCUGAACCAAAAUUGCUUGGUCUCAAGCCUGGAUCAAAUGACAAGAUACUUUUGAAGAAUGGACCUUAUGGAGUAUAUGUUCAGCUUGGUGAAGAUAGGAAAGGACACUCGCCAAAAAGAGCUUCUGUUUCUAAGAUUAAGGGUGUAGAUUCUAUCACCUUAGACGAAGCUCUGGAGUUGCUACGUUACCCUAUAACAUUGGGAAAUCAUCCGGAGGAUGGCCAGCCCAUUGAACUAAAACUUGGGAAAUUUGGAUUUACAGUCAAACAUAGACGCACCUACGCUUCAGUACCGAAGAGCAUGGAUCCUAAGGAUGUUUCGCUGGAAGAUGCAUUGAAUCUUUUGUCGAGUAAAGAUACUAGACAAAGUGGUCGGCCAAAACGUAAGCAAGGACUAAAAGAAGCGGAGUAGGAGAUUCUAAAGGUGGUUAUUUUUUGGGGAGCUGCCUCCCAUAGUUAUCCACUAAAAAUGUAUAUAAGCAAUUUUCAGUUCUUUCUUUGCAUUAAUUUUCACCGCAUUCAUUCUUAUGGAAAAAAAAAAUCAUUCAUGGUGUAGACUGUAGAGAAAAAGAGAGUUCCGGUCAGGUUAUAGAAACAAACAAUAUUCAUUUUACUUUCUUUGUUUUGAGAUGGAAGCGAUCAGAAUCAUUUGGAAACCAUAACUGGAUUUGUAUAUGAUGCCCAUUUUGAUCAGCUACCUCAUUCAUUUCCAUUAAUAAUUUCUUAUUGGAAAAA